CGCGCGUGGCUCAAACAGGUGUGUGAUGGACCAGCGGCGUUUAAUCUGCUGCGUGGCGGUGUUUGUCUUACUGUCAGGUGUUGACGGCGCCUGCAGCAGAAAUCAGUGGCAGUGUGAUGAUGGAGUGUGUGUGUCGCACAGAUGGCGCUGUGACGGUGUCAGUGACUGCCAGGAUGGGUCUGAUGAGAUGGACUGUGUAUGUCAGCCUGGAGAUUUGCAGUGUGCGGAUGGCUCCGGGUGUGUGAUUGGGUCGGGUGUUUGUGACGGGCGUCCCCAGUGUCCCGACGCUUCAGAUGAGUGGGACUGCAGCAGGCGUUUAGGGUGUCUGUCAGGUGACUGGAAGUGCAAGAACAACAUUUGCAUCCCACAAGAGCUUCUCUGCAAUGACAUCAACGACUGCGGUGACAACUCUGAUGAAGAAACCUGCGGUUCCUGUGGGAAGAUGAACAUCCGCUGUCCUGAUGGCACGUGUCUAACCCAAAGACAGAGGUGUGACGGAGUUGCUCAGUGUUCAGAUAAGAGAGAUGAGCCUCUUACAUGUGGUAAAAGUUGUCUUAAUGGGAACGGUGGCUGUAGUCAUGCUUGCAUUGACCAGGUUUGGGGAGCUUUGUGCACUUGUCCCACUGGGAUGACCCUUUCUGCAAAUGGACUUGAUUGUGAAGAUGUCAAUGAGUGUGCCCAGUCAUUCGGACCUUGCAUGCACUUGUGCACAAACACACCCGGCUCUUUUCGGUGUCUGUGCCAGAAUGGUUUCAAAGCUCUUGGAAACGGCUCUUGUGAACCUCAAGGAGCCAUGACGAAGAUCUUGACCUCCAGGAAGGGGCUGAUUGGGUUAGUGAAUGUGAAGACUAGAGUCUAUGAGGCGCUCUUUGCAAUUGAGAGCGAACCUAUAGCCAUGACCUACGAUAUCCAGAGGAACUUCAUCUACUGGGCUGAUAAAGAUGGGAAUAUCUACCAGGCUUUGAACCGGAAGAGCACGAUUCUCUAUAAAGGGCAGUCUGGUUUGCACAGUCUAGCCAUCGACUGGUUUACUGGACAGCUGUACUGGACGAGUGUUACCCAGAAAGCCGUCCUCACAGGUGCAGCUGAUGGCAGUGCUGUAGGCAUGGUCAUGUCCAAAGAAAUGGACCCGAGAGAGAUGGUCCUCAGCCCGACUGAGAGUUUCAUAUUUUGGAUUAAUAAAGGAACGAAAGACGAGCUGACCAUCGAGAGGGCAGAGAUGGACGGUUUGAACCGGACUACACUGGUUUUCAUUACUGCACAGCUCCCGAGGAGUCUUACGAUGGAUGUGGCAGCGCGCCGACUGUAUUGGAUCAGUGUUUACAAAGCGUCAAUUGAGAGCAUCAGGACAGACGGCUCGGGACGGCACACCUUCUGGGAUUUCUUUCAAGGACGUCCUGCUCAGACCCUGGCUGUGUUUAACGGCUGGUUUUACUUGGCUGAUGAGAAAAAACUCUGGCAGGCUCCUCAAAAUAGAUCUUCUGACACACUAAAUGGCUUCAUCUUAAAAGCCUCGCUUCCUGUCUUGAACAUCUACCAUGUGCUUCAGCAGCCCAGAGGUUUUGCGCCGUGUAAAGACUCGGGCUGCCAGCUGUGUUUGCCCUCCAAGAAAAGUGCUGCUGGAUUCACCUGUCUGUGUCCUGAGGGAGCGCUGCCCAUGUCUUGGGGAUCUUGUGAAAAUUUUAAGGUCGCCUAUGCAACAGCCACGGCUAUAUACAGUUUGGAGUUUGCUGGAGAGACUCCUGUGAAAACUGAACUCUUUACUUCAGAUGAAGACAUCCAGUCCUUUGACAUGUACUGGCGGAGAGGAUGUGUGGUUUGGUCUAAUGGGACGGGCCACGUAAAGACUAACAAACAGUCUCAGGACUUGUCUGAGUACAUCCUGACUUUAAAACCUGCCUGCAUCGUCAGAGUUGACCAGAGGACUGGGAAUCUGUAUUGGCUGGCCUGUGAUGAACUUUCCAUUGGCGUUUCUACCAUUGGCCCCCUUGACCAGAGUAUCUCCAGACAGCUGUAUCAAGCCAGAACCGCAAUCCUAGACCUCUUUGUGGACUGGCGGAGAGGAAAGCUGUACUGGCUGGAGGGAAAGCAGGUCAUGAGAAUGAAACUGAGUCUGAUUGGUGGAAAUGCCGAAACUGCCUUCAGCUUUGAGGAGGAUGGAGUCGACCGUGUUGUGUUUGACCGCAAAGCGAAUGGCUUCCUUUGGAACAUUGAGUCUUACUUGCAGGUUAUGAGUCUACUGAAGAUGAGAAGGUACUCUGCUGGUAAAGACUGGGUCGUUCCUGGCUCCAUCAUGGCUGCUUAUGAACCCUACAUGGUGACCUUGUUCAAUAACAUCCUGACAGUGUGGAAUCGCAAAGAUCGAGCUCGCGUCUCUGGAGUGGCGGUAGAGAAUGGAGUUGUUAGCUUAUCUGUAGCCCUUAGGGAAGUCCAACAAGAUACAACAGAGGAAGAUGUGCGUCCUACCGAGGUGACUUGCAAAAGUCCCCUAGUCAUUUGUCAAGGAUCAGCCGUGUGUAUCAGUCAAUCUCAGCGGUGUGAUGGGAACAGAGACUGUCCGGAUGGAUCUGAUGAAGCCUCAUGCGUGCAUGUGUGUGCAAAGCCAGGUGACUUCCUGUGUGAGGACAGGAGGAAGUGUGUGGCGAGGGAUCUGGUGUGUGACGGCCGCUCUCACUGCACAGACGGGUCAGAUGAGACGGGAUGUCCCACCACUGCUCCUGAAACCGUCUCCACACCAUUAAAGUGUCGUGUGGGCUCUAAACCCUGUGAGGACGGCCGUGAGUGUGUGCUGUACAGUCAUGUGUGUGAUGGAGAGAUGGACUGUAAAGAUGGAUCAGAUGAACACGACUGUGAAUAUCGGUGUAAAGCAGAUCAGUUCCAGUGCGCUCAUGGGAGGAUGUGUAUCGACAGAAAGCAGGUGUGUGACGGCACACCUCAGUGUCAGGAUCGCUCUGAUGAACUGGACUGUUUCAGUCGCUCACACGAAUGCAGACAUCAGUGUGAUAAUAAAACUCGCUGCAUCCCAGAGAGCUUCCUCUGUGACGGAGAGAAAGACUGUGUGGACGCCACUGACGAACACAACUGCUUGAAGACUAACAGAGGGGACGUAAAUGUGAUUCCAGUGAACAAAGCAAGCUCAGGUUUUGCGGCGUCUCUGCCUCCAGUCUGUACAGGUUCAUCUAUUAUGUGUCCAGGAGCGUCGUUGUGCAUCUCCCAGACUCAGCUGUGUGACGGGACGAGAGAUUGUCCUGAUGGUUCUGAUGAAGGCUCAUGCAUUGACACUUGUGUAAAACCUGGUGACUUCCUGUGUGAGGACAGGAGGAAGUGUGUGGCGAGGGAUCUGGUGUGUGACGGCCGCUCUCACUGCACAGACGGGUCAGAUGAGACGGGAUGUCCCACCACUGCUCCUGAAACCGUCUCCACACCAUUAAAGUGUCGUGUGGGCUCUAAACCCUGUGAGGACGGCCGUGAGUGUGUGCUGUACAGUCAUGUGUGUGAUGGAGAGAUGGACUGUAAAGAUGGAUCAGAUGAACACGACUGUGAAUAUCGGUGUAAAGCAGAUCAGUUCCAGUGCGCUCAUGGGAGGAUGUGUAUCGACAGAAAGCAGGUGUGUGACGGCACACCUCAGUGUCAGGAUCGCUCUGAUGAACUGGACUGUUUCAGUCGCUCACACGAAUGCAGACAUCAGUGUGAUAAUAAAACUCGCUGCAUCCCAGAGAGCUUCCUCUGUGACGGAGAGAAAGACUGUGUGGACGCCACUGACGAACACAACUGCUCUGAGAUUAAAAGAGGGGAUAUAAAUUUGGUGACACUAAAAGGCAACAAGGAAAAAAGUUUGCAACCUCCUCCUCCAGUCUGUAGAAGUCCAUCCAUGAUGUGUCCGGGAACAUCACUGUGCAUUUCCCACAUUCGAUUGUGUGAUGGAAAGAUAGAUUGUCCGGAUGGUUCUGAUGAAGUUUUGUGUGUAGACACUUGUUCAAAACCUGGUGACUUCCUGUGUAAGGACCGAAGGAAGUGUGUUGAUGGGAAUCUGGUGUGUGACGGCCGCUCUCACUGCCUUGACGGCUCUGAUGAAGUAGCAUGUUACUUGGUGGCUAGAAAUUCAAAACCUGCACCAUUAAAGUGUCGUGUGGGCUCUAAACCCUGUGAGGACGGCCGUGAGUGUGUGCUGUACAGUCAUGUGUGUGAUGGAGAGAUGGACUGUAAAGAUGGAUCAGAUGAACACGACUGUGAAUAUCGGUGUAAAGCAGAUCAGUUCCAGUGCGCUCAUGGGAGGAUGUGUAUCGACAGAAAGCAGGUGUGUGACGGCACACCUCAGUGUCAGGAUCGCUCUGAUGAACUGGACUGUUUCAGUCGCUCACACGAAUGCAGACAUCAGUGUGAUAAUAAAACUCGCUGCAUCCCAGAGAGCUUCCUCUGUGACGGAGAGAAAGACUGUGUGGACGCCACUGACGAACACAACUGCUCUGAGAUUAAAAGAGGGGAUAUAAAUUUGGUGACACUAAAAGGCAACAAGGAAAAAAGUUUGCAACCUCCUCCUCCUCCAGUCUGUAGAAGUCCAUCCAUGAUGUGUCCGGGAACAUCACUGUGCAUUUCCCACAUUCGAUUGUGUGAUGGAAAGAUAGAUUGUCCGGAUGGUUCUGAUGAAGUUUCGUGUGUAGACACUUGUUCAAAACCUGGUGACUUCCUGUGUAAGGACCGAAGGAAGUGUGUUGAUGGGAAUCUGGUGUGUGACGGCCGCUCUCACUGCCUUGACGGCUCUGAUGAAGUAGCAUGUUACUUGGUGGCUAGAAAUUCAAAACCUGCACCAUUAAAGUGUCGUGUGGGCUCUAAACCCUGUGAGGACGGCCGUGAGUGUGUGCUGCUCAGUCAUGUGUGUGAUGGAGAGAUGGACUGUAAAGAUGGAUCAGAUGAACACGACUGUGGUCGUCAGUGCCAACCUGGGCAGUUCCAGUGCACUUCUGGUGGGAGGUGUAUUGAAAUGAAUCAGGUGUGUGAUGGCACUCCUCAGUGUCUGGAUAAGUCAGAUGAGGCAGGAUGCUGGAAACCCUCAAGGAGCUGCAGCAUGCGUUGUGACCGGGACACUCACUGUAUUCCUGAAGUCCUCAUCUGCAAUGGGAUUAGGGACUGUCUAGAUGGCACUGAUGAAGCAAACUGUGCUGUAUCCAGACCAGCUCAGACCAGCUGUGAGAGUCCCUCUGUCCUGUGUCCGGGGACGUCAGUGUGUGUGUCUCAGGCUCAGCUGUGUGACGGCACAAGAGACUGUCUCGAUGGAUCUGAUGAAGCUUCUUGUAUAGAUGCAUGUGCUGCUCCAGGUGACUUUCUGUGUAAGGACAGGAGGAAGUGUAUUGAGGGAUCUCUAGUCUGUGAUGGUCGUUCUCACUGCCUUGAUGGUUCUGAUGAGAUGGGAUGUUCUACCAUAGCAGCUAAAACCACCACCACUGCACCCUUCAAGUGUCGUGUGGGCUCUAAACCCUGUGAGGACGGCCGUGAGUGUGUGCUGUACAGUCAUGUGUGUGAUGGAGAGAUGGACUGUAAGGACGGAUCUGAUGAAGAACAUUGUGAACUUCAGUGCAAUCCAGGGAUGUUUCAGUGUGUUCAGGGGAAGAAGUGUAUUGACUUCCGACAGGUGUGUGAUGGGACUCCUCAGUGUCCUGAUCAUUCGGAUGAAGCGGGCUGCUGGAAGCCCACCAAGAGCUGCAGCAUCCGCUGCGAUGGGAACAGUCGCUGUAUCCCAGAGGUGUUCGUCUGUAACGGUAUGAGGGACUGCUGGGAUGGCUCAGAUGAGGCAGACUGUGCUAUGCCCACUCCACCAUCACCUUGUAAAAGCCCUUACGUGGCUUGUCAAGGGACAUCCCUGUGCAUCCUGCAGCGAUAUCUGUGCGAUGGGAGAAAAGACUGUCCUGAUGGCUCUGAUGAGAGACCGUGUCUUCGCAACUGCCCAUAUCGCAGUGAUUUCAUGUGUAAAGACAGGACAAAGUGUGUGGCGAGGGAUCUGGUUUGUGAUGGUCGUUCUCACUGCCUUGACCGUUCGGAUGAGAUGGGAUGUCCCACUACAGCACCUAAAACGUCAACCACAGUGCUGUUAAAGUGUCGUGUGGGCUCUAAACCCUGUGAGGACGGCCGUGAGUGUGUGCUGUACAGUCAUGUGUGUGAUGGAGAGAUGGACUGUAAAGAUGGAUCGGACGAAGCUGACUGCGAUUUUAAUUGUAAAGCAGGGGAAUUUCAGUGUGCCCAUGGGAGGAAAUGCAUAGACUCAAAACUAGUGUGUGAUGGCAAACCACAGUGUCAGGAUUUUUCAGAUGAGAGGGACUGCUUCAUUCGUAGCAAGAGCUGCAGCCAUCGCUGUGACAAUAAAACUCGCUGCAUCCCAGAAAACUUCCUGUGUGAUGGAGAGAAAGACUGUGUGGAUGGCACUGAUGAAUCUGACUGCGGGUACCCCACAAAGGUGGUGAAGUGUGAGAGUCCUGCGGUGUUGUGUCGUGACGGGUCGCUGUGCAUCCCUCACACCAUGCUUUGUGAUGGGAAGAGAGACUGUCCUGAUGGAUAUGAUGAAACAUUUUGCUUUGACCGAUGUCCAAAUGCAGGUGACUUCCUGUGUGAGGACAGGAGGAAGUGUGUGGCGAGGGAUCUGGUGUGUGACGGCCGCUCUCACUGCACAGACGGGUCAGAUGAGACGGGAUGUCCCACCACUGCUCCUGAAACCGUCUCCACACCAUUAAAGUGUCGUGUGGGCUCUAAACCCUGUGAGGACGGCCGUGAGUGUGUGCUGUACAGUCAUGUGUGUGAUGGAGAGAUGGACUGUAAAGAUGGAUCAGAUGAACACGACUGUGAAUAUCGGUGUAAAGCAGAUCAGUUCCAGUGCGCUCAUGGGAGGAUGUGUAUCGACAGAAAGCAGGUGUGUGACGGCACACCUCAGUGUCAGGAUCGCUCUGAUGAACUGGACUGUUUCAGUCGCUCACACGAAUGCAGACAUCAGUGUGAUAAUAAAACUCGCUGCAUCCCAGAGAGCUUCCUCUGUGACGGAGAGAAAGACUGUGUGGACGCCACUGACGAACACAACUGUGCUCCCAUUACUGGCCCAUCUGUCACAGACCAGCCAGUCUGCUUGAGCCCUUCUGUAUUUUGUCAUGAAACCUCAAAAUGCAUCUCACAGUCCCAGCUGUGCGAUGGAAAGACGGACUGUCCCAGUGGAGCUGAUGAGCAGUCUUGUAUAUAUUCAUGUCCAGAUCUAGGCCAGUUUCUGUGCAAGGACAGACGGAAGUGUGUUGAGAGCUCUCUGGUGUGUGAUGGUCAUCCACACUGUGCUGACGGCUCGGAUGAGAAACAAUGCCCCACCUGUGCUUUGCUUUGUGACCAGAAGAGUGUUUGCCUGACGAGCCAGCAGAUCUGUGACAGAAAACCAGACUGUAGAGACGGUUCAGAUGAGAAAAUCUGCUACACUGGUCGUGUGGCUGCAAGUGCUGCAUUACCACUGAAAUGUCCCUUGGGAUCCAAACCUUGUAGUGAUGGGAAAGAGUGUGUCCUGUACAGCCAUGUGUGUGAUGGAGAGAAAGAUUGCAAAGAUGGGUCUGAUGAGAGGAACUGUGAACGUAAAUGUAAAAAAGGCCAGUUCCAAUGCGCUCACGGCAGGAAGUGUAUAGACGUGAAGCUUGUGUGUGACGGCACACCUCAGUGUCAGGACCGAUCAGAUGAAAUCAACUGCAUGAAGCUCUCAGAGGAGUGCAGGCACCCGUGUGACAAUAAAACCCGCUGUGUUCCUGAAACCUUCCUCUGUGACGGAGAGAGAGACUGUGCGGAUGGCACUGAUGAAGACAACUGUGUUGUAGAGCCCUGUUCUGGAGAGCGGUUCCAGUGCAGUAACGGUCAGUGUGUGGCGCUGGCUCUCCGCUGUGAUGGGCACGCUGACUGUCGUGAUCACUCGGAUGAGAAGGGCUGUCCUCAGCCCCCACACUGUCCUGUGGAGCAGCGCUGCCCCCACACACACGAGUGUCUGCUGAAAGAAUGGCUCUGUGAUGGAGACCAGGACUGCAGUGAUGGGUUUGAUGAGAGGAACUGCAGGCUGACUCCACUGAAGUGUGGAGCGUUCCAGUGGUCGUGUGCAUCUAAAACUCAAUGCAUUGCGAUCACAUGGAGGUGUGAUGGUGUAAAGGACUGUAAAGAUGAGAGUGAUGAAUCUGGAUGUGGUCAAGUGAAAUGCCCCACACACUUGUUCCAGUGUGGAAGUGGGGAGUGUGUGGAGCCAGAUCUGGUGUGUAACAGGGCGUCUGACUGUGCAGACGGUUCUGAUGAGGGUGUGGGGUGUCUGAAGAACAACUGCUCCAGUCCCAGCCGCCCAUCAUGCCAGCACUACUGCAUCAACACUCCACACGGAGCGAGAUGUGGCUGUAAGACUGGCUUCAGGCUUCAGUCUGACGGUUUAACCUGCAAUGACAUAGAUGAAUGUAAAGAGAUUCAGCCUGCUGCCUGCAGUCAUAAAUGCCUCAACACACCAGGCUCCUACCUGUGUCAGUGCCACCCUGAAUUUAUACUGGAGCCGGAUGGGCGCAGCUGCAAGACCGCAGAGGAACCCAGUCUUUUGAUCUCUGAGCAGUAUGAGCUGUUAAAUCUGGGUCUGCGAAGCUCCAGUAUCCAAGCCCUCAUCGCACCAGGACGGAAGGCCAUCUUCUCUCUGGACUACGACCGGAGAGAGCAGAGGGUGUACUGGGUCAGUCUGGAGGAACAGAGCAUCAAAUACGCCUUUCACGGAGAAAAGGACAACACUGGAACUAUCGUCAAAGGUGUGAAGUCAGACUCCAUUGCUGUCGACUGGAUGGGAAGGAACCUUUACUGGGUGGAUGGUGUUGCUGGGCAGAUUCUAGCUGUGAGAUUGACCAGCAGUAUUGUAAAGUCGCAAAACUACAUAGUAGUUGUGGAACAGGAUUUGCAUCAGCCUCGUUCGCUUGUGCUGCUGCCUCAGAAGGGGAUAAUGUUCUGGUCAGAGAUCGGAGGUCAGGCACAGAUCGAGCGCUCUGGCAUGGAUGGCUCAGACAGGAAGGUGGUUGUCAGCCGCGGACUCGAGCGUCCUGUCAGCGUGACGGUGGACACAUUGACUGACAGACUAUACUGGACUGACGAGAAGCUCCGGUGUAUAGGCUCAGCAACGCUGGAUGGAGAACACAUAAAGUUGCUGCAGCUGUCGGAGAUGCCCAGUCUCUUCUCUGUGGCGGUGUUUAAUGACAUGGUCUACUGGUCCGACACGCACAGACGAUCUGUUCAAGGGGCCAAUAAACUGACUGGCAAGAACCGCAAAGUUCUUCUUAAGAGACCCGGACAGCCCUUCGACCUCAAAGUUGUGCACGCGCUCUUGCAGCCCAAUGUGUCCGGCCCGUGUGAGAAGCUCAGGUGCUCUCAUGUGUGUUUGCUGGCUCCGGGGCCCAAAGCGGUCUGUCGCUGCCCCGUGGGGCUUCUCUUAGCCUCGGACGGCUUCACCUGCACCACACCUGUGGACUCCUCCUCCUCUUUCCUGAUGCUGCUGUCUCCUACCAUGAUUACACAGAUCUUCACUAAGAGCCUCCAGGCAGGAUUGGGGCUGAAGACGUGGCCGGAGCACCGUGCUCUGGCUCUGCCGGCCGUGAAUGAAGCUUCAGACUUCGAUCUGCUCCUCAAGGACCGCACCGUCUCUGUAGCUGACGCCGGACGAGGAUCUGUAGCUCAGCUCAAACUCAGCAGCUCUGGGUUCACACCCAUCGGUCACGUGCUUCAGCUCAAAGGGGACCUGCUGACCGCUCUGGCUGUGGACUGGGUCACCCGAAACCUCUACUGGAGCAGCGUCAAGAGCCCCCAGCUGUACGUCACGUCCCCCGGAGGGAAAUACACCAGCCUGGUGCUGCCGGCUGAGCUGGAGGGAACCAUCUCCAUCGCCCUGCACCCUCCCACGGGCCGCCUGUGCUUCACCGCAGUGGGACGGAGGGCAGCCCAAUCUCUGCCUCAGGUGGACUGCGCUCACAUGGACGGGAGCAAUCGCACGCUGCUGUGGAGCAAAGCCAAGAUGCCUGCUUCACUCGCCUUUUCUGAGAAAGGAACAACGCUGUAUUGGGCAGAUGUUGGGAAUGAAAUGAUUAGCUCUAUUAAUAUGGAUGGCUCUGAUUAUAAGGAGUACAGCACUGGAUCUGCCUUCAUUCUGUCUUUUGCUCGUGUUGAGAACAUCUUCUUCUGGAUCACUUUGGACAACGGUACUGCUCAAGUGUGGUACACGGAUGGUUUCCAGCCCAAACACAUGUGGUUUGAGGUGAAGGCUAACGUCAUUGAGCUGAAGGCCUACAGCAGGUCCAGUCAGAAAGGGACCAAUGUCUGUUCUGAAAACAACGGGGGCUGCAGUCACCUGUGUCUGGCGUAUCCAGGUGGACGCUCGUGUCGCUGCGCACAAGACUACCUCUCGGUCAACAAAACCAAAUGUGUUUCCAACCUCAAGUGUCCCGUGGGCAGUAAAGCAUGCAGAGACGGCCUCAAGUGCAUCGCUUUGGCCAAGUUCUGUGACCAGAUCCCAGACUGCCAGGACGGCUCGGAUGAGGAGUGUGAGUGGUUCUUCAUUCUUCUGCACGACUGUCAUUCUCAGAUUUCUAUUUUGCAAUAUUCUAGAUUAGUUUAAAGACUCACUGCAACC